CAUUUAAGGUCAUCUACUACACAAGGCUUAUAUAUCGACCCAAACUAAAUGUGUGUGAUUCAUUGCAGGAACACAGAAGAGGGAAGAACAACAGAAUAUCUCCUAUAGCAGGAUACAUCGAUAUUAGGAAAAUGUUUCCGGCUGACCCUGUGACGAUUCUUCUGUCAGUUGCUGUGAUCCUCUUCUUGGCCCUUGUAUACAGCAGUACGAAGGAAGACAAGUACAAAAAUUUCCCCCCUGGACCCAGACCACUGCCAAUCAUCGGAAAUGUGCUCAGUAUAAACAUGCAUAAACCUCAUAAGACCUAUAUAGAGUUGUCCAAGACAUAUGGUCCAGUGCUAGGUGUCCAAAUAGGGAUGGAGAAGAUGGUUGCCCUCUGUGGUUAUGACGCUGUGAAAGAUGCUCUUAUCAACCAUGCUGAUGCAUUUUCAGACAGGCCAAAGGCACCGCUGUUUAAUAAAAUGCUAAGGGGAUAUGGCAUCAUCUUUUCCAAUGGAGAGAAUUGGAAGGUGAUGAGAAAAUUCACACUUUCCACACUACGGGAAUAUGGGAUGGGGAAGAAGACUUUAGAAGACAAGAUUAAUGAGGAAGCUGAAUGCUUGGUCCAGGUUUUCCAAACACAUGGAGGGAAGCCCUUUAACAAUGAAACCAUUAUUAAUGCAGCUGUGGCCAACAUAAUUGUAUCCAUACUACUGAGCCAUAGAUUUGAGUACGAAGACCCCACUAUACAGAAUCUCAUGGGUAUAGUUAAUGAGAAUAUAAGACUUCUGGGUUCACCUACAGUCAGGCUCUACAACAGCUUUCCAUUUAUAAUGGGCCUGAUACCAGGAGGCCUGAGGAAGAUCACAAAAAACAUUUUACAAUUUCGGCGCUUUAUAAGAGACACAUUUUCUAAGCGAAAGAAAGAACUGGAUGUAAAUGACCAGAGGAACCUCGUUGAUACUUUCCUGGCCAAGCAACAAGAGGGGAAACCAGAAUCCACCCUGUAUUACCAUGAUAAAAAUUUGACAGCUCUGGUGGGCAACUUGUUUGCUGCUGGAAUGGAGACGACAUCUGCCGCUUUGAGAUGGGGCCUCCUGCUAAUGAUGAAAUAUCCUAAUAUACAAGAGAAAGUACAAGAUGAAAUUGAAAGAGUCAUUGGCACAGCCCAGCCUCAAUUAGAGCACCGGAAACAAAUGCCGUACACUGAUGCAGUCACUCACGAGAUCUUACGGUAUGGGGAUGUCACACCAGGAAGUCUUCCACAUGCAACUUCACAAGAUGUCACAUUCAGAGGAUAUUUAAUUCCAAAGGGAACCACAGUCAUCCCAGUGCUCUCCUCUUCUCUAAGAGACAAAGACUACUUUGAAAAACCUUACGAGUUUUACCCAGAGCAUUUUCUGGACUCAGAAGGCAAUUUUAAAAAGAACGAUGCAUUCAUUCCAUUCUCUAUUGGAAAAAUAAGCUGUGUUGGGGAAACUUUGGCUAAGAUGGAGCUUUUCCUCUUCUUUACAACACUGCUACAACACUUCACCUUCCAAGCCCCUCCCGGAGCUGUGCUGGACCUCACACCUGCCUUGGGGGGUACAAACCCUCCAUUACCUUAUGAAAUCUGCGCAAUCCUCCGAAUGUAGAUAAGGUGUGCUCCAAAACACAAAUUUAUUAACAUUAUACCGCUUUCUAAACAAAAUAAGAAAUAGAUCGUCAGCUUAAAUUAUUAUUAGCAAUAUCUUACAAAGCAAAUGCAGCAAAAGUAAACGGUUAGCCAUUUGAGGACUUUAAGUAGGCCCUAAACAACUUCAUGUAAUUUGGACAUACACCAUACACCCUGAUCCCCCUAUGCCUUUUCAGCAAAUCGUGGCUGUCAAAAUGACAGCCAGGACUUCCCUUGUGUCGCAACAGAAGAUGAAGCUGCUGCUGUGUAAACUCUAGCUUCUGAAGAGUGUUCAGAAGCUUCACUAAGAAUUAUGACAUAACAUCAUUUGUUGUUACUCUGUCUAUUCAUGUGAAGAUCAAAGCAUUGAAGGACUAAUCAACAGUAUUGCCUGUUGUCUCCUGUAGCUGAUAUUUCUCCAUUACUGACUUAUUAUGUCUUGUUCUGUACGCUGUCUCUGUGUGAAGGCAGCCAUCUUGGUAGUCACAGAGCUUUACUUCCUCAUGUCAGAGCUUCCAGCAAGGAGAACAGUAAGCAGCACAGUAGUGACAUCACCAAAUCGUACUCCAAAAUCUCCUGAGACUAGCAGUAAGGUGCAGAAGUUCCCAGGUGCCCUCAUAUACCAGGAAGUUUGCAGCUUUUCUUCUGGGCACUGCUUAAUAUAACAAAAUCUUCACAAUUUAAGUUCAGGGCCACUUUAAAAAGAUUCACUGCUAAGAAGUUGGUUAAAAAAGGAUACACACAUACCUAAACAGAAAUUAUUUAGAAAUUAUAGUCAGGUAUGAGGAGUCUCCAAAAGUGUGUGGAAAACAGAACAGUCUGCCAGCAUUACAUUGGCAUGCCCUGUGUAUUGGAUUUAAUAAAGUUUUUUGUAUUUUUAAA